UGUUCGGUCUCCAGCCUCGACCUGAUAGGGAAGUCAGUGUACAUGUUGCUAGGCAACGAGAGGCCAUCUGAACGACGGUGUUUUCACGCGAAUUCUGCUCAUACAAGGACAAAACUACCUAAAAGUGCGUCAGUUUGCAUCUAAUGCUAGCUAGCUACUUCUAAAGUCGACUAUUAGUUUGUGAUUAGUGCACACUGACAAUGCCGUUCAGCGCCGAGGCCAUUAAGCCGCCCCUUCAUGACCAAAUAACAGAACUGCAGAGGAAAAUUCAACUUCUUGAGGGCGACAGAAGUGCAUACUAUGAAAUGUCUCAGUCAAGCAUCAAGAAAAACAGGAAUUCUAUCCUUCAGCUGAGGCAGGAGAACAAGAGACUACACAAGAAGUUGGCUAACGCUCUUGCUGGGGACGAGCAGGUGAUAAAGGAGGCCUUCCAAAGCCGAGGCAUGGAGAAAGCUGCCUUCAGAAACAUGUCAGGGAAGGCUGCUCUCAAGGUGCUGGACCAGAAGGUGUGUGACAAGAUGAAGAAGCUGAACGCUCUAAAGCACACCACCCAGACGUACCGUCGUCGCCUGGAGGACCUACAGACACUGUACCAGAGUAUGAAGCCAGAGAACAGGGGACCAGAGAGAGACACGGAGAGACGCAGCGAGGAGGCCAAGAACUUGCGGGUGCUGGAGAAUCGUCUGGAGAAAGCCCAGCUGAAGUGCCAGGAGGCUGAACACAUCAUGAGAGGCUAUCUGAAACUAAAGGCCCACCUACAGGAGGAGAGCCUGACCUUCCAGUCCCAGCUGGAUAAACUAGAGGCUGAGAUCCUGAGACAGAGACAGGAGCUGAAGGACCUGCAGGUCCUGAACAGUGACGCACUCCUCUCCAAAGACACUGCCAAGGCAGAGCUGCAGCGUCAAGAAGAACAGAUGUAUAGGGAGAGGAAGGACAGAGAGUGUAUCCUCACCCGUUACAAGAAAGAGGCAGAGGACCGUAAGGCUCAGGCUGAGAGAGUGGAGAGAAGGGCCCAGCGGGCAGCCAUGCAGCCUGACGAGCUGAGUAGCGACGCCCAGCGCAGUGCCACCGGGCUGGGGGAGGAGGAGAGGGCCAUCUCCACCUUCGAAGAGGCCUUCAGACGCAUCAAGGAGGCCACGGGGUCACUGACACACGGGUACGGAGAGGAGGUGGUGGAGAGGUUCAUCUCCCAGGGAGACACCCAGCAGCACCUGGAGGAUCUGAAGAAGGAGAACCAGAGAACCCUGGUACAGCUGAAGGAGGACAGGGACCGUCUGCAGGAACACUUCCAGGACAUCAAGUACUCCGGGGAGACCAAGCUCUCCAGUGGUCAGCAGAUGCUGGAGGACUGUAAGCGCCACCUGCAGGCGGAGCAGGGGAGCCGUGACGCCGCCAAGGAGCGUCUGGACUGGCUGACCCGUACCCUGAACACGGUCCGGGCCGGGGUGGAACACCUAUCUGACAAACUGCAGCACAUCAAGCUGGGUGACCGACUGGAGCCCCAGCUGCCCCCCGGCUCAGAGGAGUACGUGGUGGAACUGCUGUCCCAGUCAGAGCAGAAGCUGCUGUUAUUGCAGGAGGAGCUCCAGGGGAAGGACCUGGCCGCCGUCAUGAAGGAGAUGGAGGAAGAGGAGUUCCAUGCCAGCAUCGAGGGGAAGCUGCCCCAUUGCAACACCCGCAUCAAGCUGCCUGAGGCUCAGAGACAGGACCCAUAUGAUGAAGAGGAGGAGAGCGGGGACGAUGAGGGUGACAUUAUCACCAGGGCGAUACUGAAGCACCAGUCUCAGCUCAUCAUCGACUCCAAGACUAAGAGGAAGACCAGGACCAAGAAGAAAAAGGGCAAGCUCUGAUCCUAGAUCAGUUAGGCUGGCUAGAGGUCACAAGAGCCAUAGAAAUAUAAUUGCUAGAAUGGGGAGUUUGUGUUUAGUGAUAGGUCAUAGGUCAUAUUUGUGCCCUGGAUUGAGUGAAAAUACUUUUGCUUAGAUGGCAUAGGGGACUUGAGUGAAAUCUUACUCCUCACAUAUAAUUAUUCAGUUAGCUAAAUAAUUAUAUUCCUUAUUAACUAAUGGAAUGCACAGUAAAUGUAUAUUGUAUAUUUGGGAUGAUACUAUAGCUAGGGAACGUUGUGGUGGCAGAUCAUAUAGUACCUUGCAGUCAUCACAUUAGCUACUUUAUGAAUGCAAGACUUGAUUUUAUCACAAAGCAGUUCAACACAAAAUCAUUUCCCACUUGCACCACUGAUUUGUAGAUUAUAAAAUUGUAAUCAAAAUAGGAAUGAAAAUCAAUAAAAAGCUUGAUUUGAAGAAUUACUCAAUUACUCAAGGUAAGAUUGCUCUAAUGCAGGGGUGUCAAACACACAGCCCGUGGGAUGUUUUUUGUUGUUGUAUAAUAUAUAUAUUUUUGAAUCUGCAUUGAAAUGACUUAAAUAUUGAAACUGUGUAGGAAUCAGGGCUUGACAUGAACCUUUUUAGCCUUUGGACAAGUAGGACAGAUUUUUUACUUGUUUACCAAAGUCACUUGUCCCCCCCAAAAAAGGUCUGUAUCACAAGUCAAAAGGGUGAGUGAAAAUGAGUGAAGUACACAUAUCCGUGGGAAUUAGGGGUGUUGAGGGUGCAGCAUCACCCCCUAAUAAAUCACUUUAUUCAUAAAUGAGUGAUUCAAUUAGUGUACUAGGCCUUUAUUACUCCUGUAUGAUUACUGCUGUAUGAUUACUCCUCUUUGAUUACUACUGUAUGUUUUGCGCUGCUUUGGUGACUCUUAGCUGUCUACAUUGUCCUCUUGCUUUUUGUAAAUAUAACAUUUAUUGAAAUAGGCUAUAGCAAAUAGGAAUAUAGGCAAUUUACUACCCUGCUGUCUGAUCCAAUUCUGAUCAGAGUAAUUGUUUGAUAUUGUGAUUUAAAAAAAACUGAAAUCUAUAUAUUCUGGUUGUCCGAUUUUAAAAACUUGCACCAGGCAAGUGGACAAACCUUAAGGUUGAGCCUUGGAAAUGAUAAUGGCCCUACAUCUACAGUCUCUUCACUCUGCCCAGAUUCAUAACCGUCAUCGGAACGAAAGCUAGACAGUCAGGGAGCAUGGGGAAAUUCCAAAAGCAAUGGAUAGAGAUUUUUGCUAAUUUUGACAGCUAGGAAACAUAAUCAAUCUAAAGUGAGGCCCUAUUGACCUCGGGGAAGACUGAAUGCGGCACUCCUGCUCUAAUUUUGUACAGGGUUUCCCAACUGCCGGCCCGCGGGUCCUCAAUUUAUUUGUAAAUAUGUUCCGAUCCCCUGACCAUCCACUCGAGAAAAAAUCAUCCUGCGGCUGAAUCUAGUUGAUGAUCCCUGAUUUAGUAGAAUAUACAAUAUAAAAAACGGUUGAAUUAGUCAUGCCAUGCAUCAUUUCCCUAUUUCUCCGUAAAGCUGGUAAAAGAAACUCCAUUUAUAACAGGCCAUGUUGUUACAACAGAAAUGUUAUACGGCAUCUUCUUGUUGGCACAACAGAUAUUAUUUCUAUUUUGUACUGCUUGUAUUUACUUCCUCUGUUUUACCAAGAAAAACUGGGCUGUUCUCAGAUCUGUUUGUACUGUCUUGCCAAAUCAUAUGGUCAUUGUCAUGCCAAACAUGGUUGCCUACCCACGAAAACAUUUCCUUCACUAUUACUCACACCUGGGUCUCUGGAGUGGCCCAGCGGUCUAAGAGACUGCAUCUCAGUGCAAGAGGCGUCACAGCAAAUCCCUCGUUCAAAUGCAGGCUGCAUCACAUCCGGCCCUGAUAGGGAGUCCCAUAGGGUGGCGUCCGAUUUUGGGCGGGGUAGGCUGUCAUUGUAAAUAAUAAUUUGUUCUUAACUGACUUCCCUGGUUAUAUAAAUAAUAUUCUGGCUUCA